UCGCGGCAUCAUCUCUGCUUCCAGCUCCUUGGAGCUAUGGAUGCCCUGGGCGUCUGUCUCUCACAGUUCUGCCUCUCUGUGCCCGCCUCAAACCUCUCCCGCCUUUCUCCCCCAAACUUUGGCCGGCCGCCGCACGACACCACGAGUUAUUUCCCUGCUACUUCCCGGCCCGGGCUCUUGGCCCCCGAGCAACUGGUUUCCUCUUGGAGUCUGGGAGGAGCACAGCGGAGCCGGCAAGGAACGAACCAGGACCAGGGAGACACCGGGGGCAGGGGGAGCCUGGCUGGAGAGAAGCGCAGGGAAGGCAGAGCUGGGGUCACCUGGAGGGUCUGAAUUAGCCAGAGCCCCGAAGGCCACGGAGAGAGCGAGCAGCCCCGGGCGCCGGGAGGGGCACGACCAGAGGCCCGCGGCGUCCGGGCUCCGCGUGCCAGCGCCAUGAGGCCGCUCCUCGCCCUGCUGCUCCUGGGCCUGGCGACCGGCUCGGCCCCUCUGGACGACAACAAGAUCCCCAGCCUGUGCCCGGGGCACCCGGGCCUUCCCGGCACGCCGGGCCACCACGGCAGCCAGGGCCUGCCGGGCCGCGACGGCCGCGACGGCCGCGAUGGCGCGCCCGGGGCUCCGGGAGAGAAAGGCGAGGGCGGGAGGCCGGGCCUCCCGGGGCCGCGUGGGGAGCCCGGGCCGCGAGGAGAGGCGGGACCCAUGGGGGCAACCGGGCCGGCGGGCGAGUGCUCGGUGCCUCCGCGCUCCGCCUUCAGCGCUAAGCGCUCUGAGAGCCGGGUGCCCCCGCCGUCGGACGCGCCCCUACCCUUCGACCGCGUGCUGGUGAACGAGCAGGGACAUUACGACGCCGUCACCGGCAAGUUCACCUGCCAGGUGCCCGGGGUCUACUACUUUGCCGUCCACGCCACCGUCUACCGGGCUAGCCUGCAGUUUGAUCUGGUCAAGAAUGGCGAGUCUAUCGCCUCUUUCUUUCAGUUCUUCGGGGGGUGGCCCAAGCCAGCCUCGCUCUCCGGGGGCGCCAUGGUGAGGCUGGAGCCUGAAGACCAGGUGUGGGUACAGGUGGGCGUGGGGGAUUAUAUUGGCAUCUACGCCAGCAUCAAGACAGACAGCACCUUCUCUGGAUUUCUAGUGUAUUCUGACUGGCACAACUCCCCUGUCUUCGCUUGAUGCCCACUGGAAAGUGAGCUCAUGCUGUCUCACUCCUAGGGGAGGAGGAGGUGACACCCCAUCACCCGGGAGGGCUGGCCCCCCUGGAAUGUCCUGAAUGACUGCAGAGGUGGGGUGGGGGCCUCUCCGUUCUGCUGCUGGCAGGGAAUGGGGAUCAAGGCUGAGAUGAGGGCUGGCAGCAUGGGGCAGUGGCUGGAUUUCUGCCCUAGAUCAAAGGAGUUUGGUAGCUCCCCCCAGUUGCUCUGGCCCGGGACCCCAAGGUGCAGUGCUCGUUUUCUGGUCCCCUGUCUCUCUGGGUCUUCCCUCAUCCCUCCUGCUCCUGGGCCCUUUUUCUCAGAGAUCAUUCAAUAAAUCUAAUAAAACCCUC